AAGUGUGCGUGUGCAUGUGUUUGUUGGGUUCGCUCGCAUGGUUCGUCUGCAUGGUAGGUGUGCUUCCAAGAGCAUGGCAUGGCUGUUGUCACCGACGCUGAUGGAUCAUCGAUGUCUGCAGAGAACGAACAGCGCGCUAGGGUGGGCCCCUAUGGCUUUGAGUGGCCAGAAGGCUUUGAUCAUGAGGUCCACGAAACGUUCUGGCGUGGCUACCGGGCGGUGCUGGCACGGCGCCUUCACAAGUGGGACCGGCUCCUGUCAAACGCCAGGCCUGCUGCCUACCCUAACCUCCGUCACGGCAGUGCCAAGCUGAAGCGGUAUGUGAGGAAAGGUGUUCCCCGAGAGCACAGGAAACAGGUGUGGAUGGUCUUGUCGGGAGCAGCUGCAAUGCAGAUUGAGCAGCGAGGCCUCUAUCAGUCACUGCUGCAGCAGAGCCGGCGCCCAGACCUUGUCGAGACGAUCCAGAUCGACGUGCCCCGGACUUUUCCGGACAAUGUGUAUUUCCAAGGGGGUGGACAGCAGCAGAAGUCUCUCUUCAACAUCCUGGUGGCAUACGCACAUUUCAACCAGGGUGUCGGCUACUGCCAGGGUCUCAACUUCAUUGCGGGUUUGUUGCUGCUGGCAACAGAGGAUGAGGAGGCCACCUUCUGGCUCCUGCGUGCCCUGCUCGAACGGCUGCUGCCCGACUACUAUGGCCGGCACAUGACUGGCCUUCUCACGGACAUCGAGGUGCUCGCCGAGCUGGUCAGGCAACGGAUGCCCCAGGUGCACGCACACCUGGCCAAGCACGAGGUGUCCUGGGCGAUCAUGACCACCAAGUGGUUCGUCUGCCUCUUCGCCGAAGUGCUGCCGAUUGAGACAGUGCUGAGGAUAUGGGACAGUCUGUUUCUGGAAGGGUCCAAGGUGCUCUUCCGGGUAGCCAUCACACUGGUCGCCCAAGGCCAGGAGAAGAUCCUGGCUGCACGAGGCCUGGGCGAAAUCAUGGCGGCCUUUAAAGAGGCUGCCUCGGGGCCUCAAGUCACUGACUGCCAUGCUUUCCUCAAGGCCAUCUUCAAGCAGCCCAAGUCACUAAAGCGAGCACACAUUGAACAGCUGCGCGCCUCCUGUCGGGAGCGGGUUAUAGCUGCACGAAGGUGACCCCCUUGCCUUUGGCCACACGGAGGACUAUGUAGGACGUAUACGAAAAGGUCGGGACAUGCAUAACCAAUUCACAAUUGUCAAG